GCAGGGCUGUGCCCCGGCGUGGGUCUGCCCGCAGGGAUGGUGCAGGACCCGGGCGGGAGGCUGGUGGCGGAGCUGCUGCUGCGGGCGGGGGCGGCCCGCGACAUCCUCUGCCUCUGCUCCCGCGCCUUCGUCGAAGAUCGAAAAUUAUAUAAACUGGGAUUAAAAGGAUUUUAUGUCAAAGAUGACAAUGACAGUACAGCAGGGGAAGAACAAGCAUCUGAGGAGGAGAACCAUUGUCUCAAUAUGAGAUUGAAGGUGGAUUCUAAUCAUGCUCUGGACCCAGAAGAAGUUGAACUAGACUCAGAAGCUGAGCUUAUGAAGAGCAUGGGGUUGCCUCUUCAGUUUGGUGGGCAGUCGGCCCAGAGGAACUUUGUGGAAAAAGAAAAUUAUAAAAAGAGAAGUAAUAUGAAAUUUAUGAAAAAGAAAAAGAAGAAGAAGAAAAAUGAGUUACAGCGAAAAUGUGAGGAUAAAAGGGGGCAGGAAUGCCAGGAUGAAGGUUGUGGUGGUAGUAUCCAGGCCAUUUCUGGUGAGCUGGCCCUUGCAACAGAGCAGUGUGAGGUGAGCAGCAAACCUCAGAUUGUAAUUGAAGAGAACUGUGAAAGUUCAGAAAGCCUUGCAAAUGAGGCUUUAUCCAGUGAACUUAAGGAAAAAUGGGAGAAGUACUGGAGCGAGUAUGGAGAAGGCCUUCUUUGGCAAAGUUGGUUGCAGAAGCAUCAAGAGGUCUCAUCAUCUGAAGCCAUCACAGCCUCUGAGCCUUGGAAUAAUCUGGACACCAAGGGAGAGUGGGAGCAGCAUUAUAACGAACUGUACUGGUAUUAUUGGGAACAGUUUCAGUACUGGACAAGUCAAGGAUGGACUAUUGAGAGCUCACCUGGGGACAAGGUGGAAGUUAAUGGGGUUGCAGAGGAGACUGGUCUUUCAGGAGAAAUGAACUUGGUUAGCCCCGAGCCUGACUGCAGUGAAGUGCUGAGCUUGGAGCUGUCUCCCUCUAACACCAGAAGUGAUGAAACACUCCCUUCAAAUGCUGAGCCCCACAGCGAAAUCAUUUCUGGGAUUUGUAAUUUAAAUCUGAAUUUAAAGGAAGUGGAGCAGAGCAGUGCAGCUCGAACAGUAGCCCACCACGGUCAUCAAGAGCACAGUUUGUCCGACUGUGAAAGCCAGAAGGAGCCCUGUGAUGGAGGAACCCGGAAAAGGAGUGCAUCUUGUGAAAAUAAAAGUGUUAACCAGUCAGGUUCACAGGAGUCGUGUAGCAUGAAUUCAAAUGAGAAAGAGCAGUUGCUGCUCCAUGACCAAGAUGAAGAUGAGGAUGAAGAGCCUCCUGAAUACAGACAUGUCAAAGUCAAGAGAAGCCAUGAACUGGAUGUGGAUGAGAACCCAGUCGAAGAUCCUGAAGAAACCUGCUCUGUGUUGGGUUUCAAGUGUGGCACAGGACAAAAGUAUGGUGGAAUUCCAGAUUUCACCCACCGACGUGUGCAGUACUUGGAGAAAAAAGCAAAACUCAAGUCCAAAUACUUGGAUAUGCGUAAACCAAGGAAGAGCAAAAACACACACAUCUUCUUCAUGGAGGAAUCUGAAAUGACAUGCAAAAAAAGCAAAACUUUGAAGAAGGUGGAAAUGUUCCUGAAGCAGGUUAGUAAACCUGAGGAGGAAGCUACAUCCCAGCCAGCCAUCCCUCAGGGUAAAUCGGAGGCACUGUCUGUGAGCAGCAGCGAGUCAGAGGGUCAGGAAGGCCUUACUGCCACACAGGCUGUGACACUGAAUGCUGAAACCCAAAAGCCACCAUCUUCCAGUGCAGCCUGCACAGAACCUGGAGGGAGUAACCUUGAGGAGGAGGAGGCACGGGAUGCUGCAGCGAGUGGCUCCGAUGAGCAGGGUGCAGCGAGGCCAGAGUGUGGCGGUGGGCGGCAGCUUGUCCCUCUGGAUAUUCCAGAUUAUCUCCAGGCAGACACAGAGGACGUCAGCCAAGCCGUAGAUGAAAAAAUUACCACACAGAAGAAGGAGAAGAAAAGAAGAAGAAAGAAUAAAAUUGCACUGAGAUCUAUACCUGCUGAGAUUGCUGCUGAUCCAGAGCUGGUCAAGUACUGGGCACAGCGCUACCGGCUGUUCUCUCGGUUUGACGAAGGAAUUAAACUGGACAGAGAGGGUUGGUUUUCCGUUACUCCUGAGAAAAUAGCUGAGCAUAUUGCAGUCCGUGUUAGUCAGUCGUUCAACUGCGAUAUCAUAGUGGAUGCGUUCUGUGGGGUUGGAGGAAAUGCUAUUCAGUUUGCAUUGACCUCAAAAAGAGUGAUCGCGAUCGACAUCGACCCCGAGAAGCUCAGCCUGGCGCGCAACAAUGCGGAGGUGUACGGCGUGGCGGACCAGAUCGAGUUCAUAUGCGGGGACUUCAUGGUGCUGGCUGCCGACCUGCGGGCAGAUGUGGUGUUCCUCAGCCCGCCCUGGGGAGGGCCUGAUUAUGCCACUGCCGAAAUCUUCGAUAUCCAAACCAUGAUUUGUCCGGAUGGAUUUGAAAUUUUCAGGCUCUCCAAGAAGAUCACCAACAAUAUUGUGUAUUUUCUGCCUCGGAAUGCUGAUAUUGACCAGGUGGCUUCCUUAGCAGGCCCAGGAGGGAAAGUUGAAAUAGAACAAAAUUUUCUCAAUAACAAACUGAAGACAAUAACAGCUUAUUUUGGUGAUCUAAUAAGAGAUGACAUCUCCUGAACUCAAGUGUGGAUUCUUCCAAACCCAACCUCCCUGACUGCUGCUUUGCUUAAGCUUUUGUACAGCUGACUGGUCAAAAAUGACUUAAAGCCAUUUUCCACUUUAAUUUCUGUUUACAGAAAUUUGUUCUGUUUAUUGUUACUGUCAAUAAAUGUUUUAUAAUAAUUUUG